AUGGCCACUGGGCAACUCUUCUCUCGAACUACACAAGCCUUGUUCUACAAUUACAAGCAGCUUCCUAUUCAGCGGAUGCUUGAUUUCGAUUUCCUUUGUGGAAGGGAAACACCUUCUGUAGCUGGGAUUAUCAACCCGGGCUCAGAGGGAUUUCAGAAGCUGUUUUUCGGUCAAGAGGAAAUUGCUAUCCCAGUGCAUGGAAGCAUUGAGGCGGCUUGUGCUGCUCAUCCAACGGCUGAUGUAUUUAUUAACUUCGCUUCAUUUAGAAGCGCUGCAGCUUCAUCCAUGUCUGCUCUCAAACAGCCAACAAUUCGAGUUGUGGCCAUAAUAGCUGAGGGUGUUCCUGAGUCAGACACAAAGCAUUUGAUUGCAUAUGCACGAUCUAACAAUAAGGUUGUCAUUGGCCCUGCUACUGUUGGGGGAAUCCAAGCUGGAGCAUUCAGGAUUGGUGAUACUGCUGGAACAAUUGAUAACAUUAUUGCUUGCAAGCUUUACAGACCUGGGUCUAUUGGAUUUGUGUCAAAAUCUGGUGGCAUGUCAAAUGAGCUUUACAAUACUAUUGCUCGUGUAACAGAUGGAAUUUAUGAAGGUAUUGCAAUUGGAGGAGACGUGUUCCCUGGAUCCACUCUUUCCGAUCAUGUUUUGCGGUUUAACAACAUCCCUCAGAUUAAGAUGAUAGUGGUACUUGGAGAACUUGGUGGACAAGAUGAGUACUCCCUUGUGGAAGCUCUCAAACAGGGCAAAGUGAACAAACCAGUUGUUGCUUGGGUCAGUGGAACUUGCGCCAGACUUUUCAAGUCAGAAGUUCAAUUUGGCCAUGCUGGUGCUAAAAGUGGUGGUGAAUUGGAGUCUGCACAAGCUAAGAAUCAAGCACUAAAAGAUGCUGGAGCUGUUGUGCCUACCUCAUUUGAAGCUUUUGAAGCUUCUAUUAAAGAGGCAUUCGACAAACUGUUCGAAGCAGGGAAGAUUGAAUCGGUUAAGGAGUUCACACCUCCACCAAUUCCAGAGGAUCUCAACACUGCGAUCAAGAGUGGCAAAGUUCGUGCCCCGACUCAUAUUAUUUCAACCAUUUCUGACGAUAGAGGUGAGGAACCAUGCUAUGCUGGUGUGCCAAUGUCUUCCAUUGUUGAGCAGGGUUAUGGUGUUGGUGAUGUUAUCUCUCUUUUAUGGUUCAAACGCAGCCUCCCACGCUACUGUACCAAAUUUAUCGAGAUAUGCAUCAUGUUGUGCGCCGACCAUGGUCCCUGUGUCUCAGGAGCUCAUAAUACCAUUGUCACAGCAAGGGCUGGAAAGGAUCUUGUUUCCAGCCUUGUGUCAGGUUUGCUGACAAUUGGUCCCCGAUUUGGUGGCGCCAUUGAUGAUGCUGCUCGAUACUUCAAGGAUGCUUAUGACAGGGGACUCACUCCCUAUGAGUUUGUUGAAAGCAUGAAAAAGAAGGGCAUCCGCGUUCCUGGAAUCGGCCAUAGGAUAAAGAGAGGGGACAACAGGGAUAAGAGAGUGGAGCUGUUGCAGGAAUUUGCACGCACAAAUUUCCCAUCUGUGAAGUACAUGGAGUAUGCCGUCCAGGUCGAGACCUACACUCUAACAAAGGCCAACAACCUGGUCAUGAAUGUUGAUGGCGCGAUCGGCUCCCUCUUCCUCGAUCUCCUUGCUGGAAGUGGAAUGUUCACCAAGCCAGAGAUCGACGAGAUCGUCGAGAUUGGAUACUUGAAUGGCCUCUUCGUCUUGGCUCGUUCCAUUGGUCUCAUCGGGCACACAUUUGAUCAGAAGAGACUCAAACAGCCCCUAUACCGUCACCCAUGGGAAGAUGUUCUCUACACGAAGUGA